AUGGAGAUGGUUGAGCAUCAGAUCUGUGAGAAUCGCAUUCUCAAUCAAAGCUCCACCCACAAAUCAAUACUAUAAAAUUGGUCAGGUAUUGGAAGCUACUGACCAGAGCUUGCUGCCGACAGUCAAGGUUAGGCCUCUCAGUCCUCCUGUGUGUGCAACAGAUACUCUCAUUUAGAGUUCAUAUAAAAUUCUUCCUAGUCCUCACUGUAUGUUUAAAGUUUGUGUUGGCUGACUUUGUGUUUUUGUUCACUGUUUGACUCUUUCCUACAGAUGGCAAGGCUGUGGCAUCUCCUGCUCCUGUGCUGGACAUUCAGUCCUCUCUGUCUUACAUCCAGGUCAUGCUUCACUGGGACACCACAGCAGUGUAAACAGGCUGACUUUGUCCCUGGUUACAACCUUGGGGGAGAAGGUCUUGACAUCGUCACCAUGGAGAGGAAAGCUGCCUAUGUCAUCGACACCGAAACCUGGAACCUCGGCAAUGGCACCUGCAGGCUGUACCCAAACAGCUACAUGAACAGGAAGAACCAGAAAGUCCCGGUUUCUGUUGUGGACUGGAGAAGCUACUCCAAGUGCAACUUGAAGGUCUCAAAUACGCUCUACGAUUCUGCUGAAACCCUUGUUAAUGAUUCCACAUCAUCCGUGUCCAAUGACUGGAAGGUUGGCCUCGACAUCCCGGUAGACCCUUCAGUCAAGAUUGGGGUUGGUCUUGGAGGUUCCCACUCCAGAGCAGCAGAAUUUGCCAUGAAAAAGUCAAAACAAAACCGCUACACCUUCUUUCGUCAUUCCAUCUACUGUAACUUCUAUGGGUGAGUAUGUGGACACAUAUUUGUGUUAUUGUUAUUCAUCAUAACAGUUUUGUGUCUUCUUUGUGUCUUGUGAUCUAUUUUUGUCAUUUUGUGUCUCCUUUGCAUCAUUUUGUCUCGUUUUGGGUCAUUUUGUCUAACAUUUUGUUAUUUUGUGCAUUUUGGUCAUGGUGUGUAGUUAGUUCACCUGGAGGCUUUGCUUUGUGCUCUGAUAAUUUGACAUUAAUAGCAGAAACCAACAAUCAACAAUGAUGUUUCAUGGGACUUAGGCAAACACUAACUUUUUUUAUAUACUUUCUGUGCUCCACAGCUACAGGCUGGUAACAAAUCCUCCUCUGAGUCAUGACUUUCAAUCAGCUGUGAACUCUC